AUGGCUACCAGCAGUAUAGCCUCCGCCGCGUGCGGAUUUGUGGUGGCCCCGAACGUUCCAUCCAGCUCGACCGCCGUCAAGAGCAGCAUGGUGUUCUUCUCCUCCUCCUCCAGGAUCAACCGGAGCCCGAGGCUAGUGGUGCAGGCGGCCGCCGCCGCCGAUGAGACGGCGGCGCCGGCGCCAGCGGCCUCCACCGCCGGAGCCCCUGCUGCCGAAGCCCCCAAGGCCGCCAAGCCGCCUCCGAUUGGCCCGCCGAGGGGCUCGAAGGUAAGGAUUUUGAGGAAGGAAUCAUACUGGUACAAAGGUGUAGGCUCGGUUGUUGCCGUUGACCAGGACCCAAAAACCCGGUACCCGGUGGUGGUGAGGUUCAACAAGGUGAACUAUGCAAACGUGUCGACGAACAAUUACGCGUUGGAUGAAGUAGAAGUUGUUACAUGA